CCCUAGCGGGCAAUCUGUCUUGUUAAGCGUUGCGUGUCUUUUCGUUUAAAUAUGACCUCUAAAAUAUUUUCAAGACUUACUCCUUUAGCUCUUAGAUUGAAGCCAAGUCAGGCCGUCUUCAGUACGUUAACCUCCGGUCAGAGUUUAGCGGUGGAACAUGACCGACACAACCAGCGCUUCACCGUGGCUCCAGGCAGCGGAACUGAUGACCACGCAGUGCUGCACUACAGGUUCACUGGAAAACAGGAAGUGGAUCUGAUGUCAACAUAUGUACCUGAGACAUUCAGGGGUCGUGGUGUUGCUGCUCUACUGUCACAGGCUGCUCUGGAGUUUGUGGUAGAAGAAAACCUGAAGGCCCACGUCUCCUGUUGGUACAUAAAGAAGUACAUCGAGGAGAACCCAGAGCAUCGUUACAAAGAAUGUAUCAUCACUUAAACGCAGGCUGACUGGUUUAAACACGUCUUCUACCUCAAACGACACUGCCUCAUGGAUCCUUGGGCACAGAAACUGGACUGCCCAAACUGAAGUCUCUGCAGCAUCAUGGUGUUGAAUAAUAAGUGCAAAUUGUAUGAAAUUGUAAAUAAUGUAAAUGUAAACUCACUUGCAGUCAACCUUCAACAAGAGAAUAUUUUUUACGUAAUUUUUAAACUAUUGUUUAACCCUUAAUUUUUCUCAUAAUAAAUGCAUUGAGAGUUAAUUUAAAGCACCA